AUGUCUCACACUUUCCUCAUGGAUACCUUGUACUGCUCCGAAGAACAUUGGGAGGAACAAGAUGAGUUAGAAAUUGAGUACGAUAAUGUUUCCUUAAACAACACAACAACAAACUCUACUCAAUCUUCGUUCCUAGAAACCGACAUGUUUUGGGACGAUGAAGAACUCAAAUCACUUCUCUCCAAAGAACAACAAAACCCUCUUCACAUCUUUCUCCAAACCAACCCUGUUUUGGAAACUUCUCGUAGAGAAUCCAUUGACUGGAUUCUGAAAGUGAACGCUCAUUACUCGUUCUCACCUCUCACCGCUGUUCUUGCUGUCAACUACCUCGAUAGGUUUCUUUUCAGCUUCCGUUUUCAGAAUGAGAAGCCAUGGAUGACUCAGCUUUCCGCUGUUGCUUGUCUCUCUCUUGCUGCUAAAGUUGAAGAAACCCAAGUUCCUCUUUUACUAGAUCUUCAAGUUGAGGAAAGUAGAUACUUGUUUGAAGCAAAGACGAUAAAAAAGAUGGAGAUUUUGGUUCUUUCAACACUAGGGUGGAAGAUGAGUCCAGCAACACCUCUUUCUUUUAUAGAUUAUACGAUAAGAAGACUUGGAUUGAAAGAUCGUCUUUGUUGGGAGUUUCUUCAUAGAUGUGAAAAUGUUGUUCUCUCUGUCAUUAGAUCAGAUUCAAAGUUUAUGAGUUAUCUACCUUCUGUUCUGGCAACUGCUACAAUGAUUCAUGUUUUCAACAGUGUUGAGCCUAGUUUAGGAGAUGAAUACAAAAACCACCUUCUUAAUAUUCUUGGAAUCAACAAAGAAAAAGUGGAUGAAUGUGAGAAGCUGAUGAUGAAACUAUGGUCAGAAUAUGAAGAAGAGAAUGAAAAUGAGAAUCGAUUCAACAAACGUAAGUUUGGGUCAAUUCCAAGUAGUCCAAAUGGUGUAAUGGAUGUGUCAUUUAGCUGCGAAAAUUCCAAUGAUUCAUGGGCUAUAGCAACAGUUUCAGUAUCAUCUUCACCAGAGCCUUUGUCAAAGAAGAUCAAAACUCAUAGUUAA